GUCAGAUUCCCGCCAUGAAGGUCAAAGUACUCAAGCAAGAGCAAAGCCUAACAUCGACUGCUGUCGACGAGCAGAAAGAUGGCUCCCAGGUGGCGCAGUUCUAUCAAGAUCGAGUUGUGUUCAUCACCGGUGGGACGGGAUUCAUUGGAAAGGUCUUGCUGGAGAAACUGCUGCGAUCUUGUCCUGGCCUGAAGCGGGUCUACUUGCUCGUGCGCAGCAAGCGCGGGGAGAAGCCACAGGCGAGACUGGAGAAGAUGCUCAGCUCUCAGAUGUUCGAGCGCCUCAGGCAAGAGCAGCCGGAUGCUUUUGCAAAAGUGACAGCGCUGGCAGGAGACCUGAGAGAGCCAAAUUUGGGACUAAGUGCAUUUGACCAAGCCGCCUUGGUGGAUAGUGUCUCCGUCGUCUUUCACUCGGGCGCCACUGUCAGAUUUGAUGAACCUUUGAGAGAAGCGGUUGAGCUCAACGUUUUGGGUACGAGGCGAGUUCUGGAUCUCUGCAAAAACAUGCCAAAUAUUUGUGUUUUUGUCCAUGUAUCAACGGCAUAUUGCAACUGUGAUAAGCGAGACGUAUGUGAGGUGAUAUACCCAUCGCCUGUAAGCGCCGAAGAGCUUAUCGCAGCUACUCAGUCCGCAAACAAAGAUGCGACAGGCCCUAAGGAAGACUGCUUGUUUGGGCUGCCGAAUGCGUACACACUGACCAAGAGAGUAACCGAAUCACUGCUGCUCGAAGAGCGGGGAGACAUUCCGGUCGCCAUUGUGCGGCCUUCCAUCGUCACUGCUGCGAUAAGAGAGCCACUUCCGGGCUGGGUAGACAAUUAUAACGGCUCCACUGGAAUGCUUGUUGUGGUAGGGCUGGGGAUACUGCAAUCAGUUUUGGCGGAAAAGAAUUAUGUACUGGAUGGCGUUCCGGUGGAUAUUGUGGCCAAUAUGCUAAUAUGCGCUGCCUGGCACACUGCCGAGACAAGACCUGAACACAUCGAGGUGUACCACUGCGCGAGUGGCGCCGUGAUGCCGCAGACCUGGAUGUGUGUGGCCGACCUGAUGCAGCGAGCUUUUUUGCAAUACCCAUUGCCAAAUGCGAUUCGUUUCCCCAACUUCCACAUGACGAACAGCCAGCUGUGGCACGGCAUCAACCUGUGGUGUCUCCACUAUGUGCCAGCGUGCAUCGCAGACCUGGCCUUGCAACUCUGCGGACAGAAACCGAGGCUCUUACACCUCUACCAGAAGAUUUGCAAAGGAAUGAAUUGCCUUCAGCACUUCAUGACUCACGAAUGGCUGUUCCGGCCCGACAAUGGCUUGCGACUUCACCAAGAACUCUCUCCCACGGAUGCUCAGGCGAGUAUAAUAUACAAACCAGCGCCAUGA